AUGCGAUGCGCGAGCAAGGCCGCCGAGAGCGCGUCUGCACGUCUCUGUGCGGACGCCGAAGCAGAAACUACAGCAACUGAUGUCCCAUCGGUUGCUGAAUCGACUCAGCCUGUAUCACCUGGUGAUGCAGGCGCUGGUCAUGAAGACACUCGUGUCUUCACAGAGUACGAGCUCGGUGUCUCGUACUCUCCUGAUACGGAUGACGGAUCCGUAUCGACGGCGGUCGAAUCCAAGCCGCCUGCCAAGCGUGGCAUGGAUGAUGCUAUGCGUCGUAGCAUCUUUGGUUCAUCUGACGAAUCAGAUGAACCAUCGCCGAAGCGAAGGCGCUCGAGGUCGCAAGACUAG